AGAUAUCAAAAUGGUUGGAAAUAAAUUGUUAGUCUUCAUUAAUUAUUCGUUUUUAGCUGGUUUGAUUUCUGGAGAUAAACUUACAUGGAUUAACAGCGCAUCAAGAUGUACUCUUGCGAAUCAAAAGGAAAUCCAAACAAUGGAUGUUCUAUACCCGGAAUCAUGGAUAGGAGGCUAUUACCUUACAACUCCAUGGGUGGCAUACCUUGGUUGUUUUUACAAUGUCACCAGCUUCAAUGACGACUCUUUUCGAUAUCCAAAUAUCUCUUCUGCAGCCUGUCUCUUGAAGUGUGAUGAGUUUGAAUAUUUUACUCUAGAGGUAAUAUUUACUGUUUGUUAUUGUUAG